CACUGGGCAUGCUCCAUCUGAGAGGGAAGACGCAACGGGAGAGGAGUUGAGGGACAAGUGUCGGUGCUGCCGAGACAAAGAGCGAGGCUGCGCGUCGGUGCGAAGGAGGCGCGUCCGGAGGAGGGCUCGAUCACACCAGGAGGACCAGCGGCAGGACAGGCGCUGUCCGCUCAGCACCAGCACCGCGGUCACCUCGCCGUCAUCAAGUAGGACUCGGAUGACUCAAUAGAAGGUGACGAAGAAAUACUUCGACGCAUUGUGUGUCUGUCCUCGCUGGAUUUGGCGACGAUGUGACGCCCAUUCUGCAUGCGAUGCCAUUGGCCGCGUUCAUUUUGGCUUUCGCCUCCAGCCUGACAUUAGGCGCGUCCGCGUCCCAAAAGCUCGCCACCUGACGCGCGUCGAGCCGUGGUUGAUUUUCUUUUGUUUCCGGCCGGGGAGACGACAGGUGGCUCGCCGCGUGCACUCACCUUUGCCACCAUGACGAGGGCAACUUCGCUGAGCGAUGUAUAAGGGACGCGAUGGGCCUGAGCGACGACAAGGAUCGCAUCGUGAUCAACGUGGGAGGGAUCCGGCACCAGACGUACCGCAGCACCCUUCGCACCCUACCCGGCACCCGCCUGUCGUGGCUGGCCGAGCCUGACGCCCCCAACCACUUUGACUAUGACGCCAAGAUCGAGGAGUUCUUUUUCGACCGCCACCCGGGCGUCUUUGCGCACAUCCUCAACUAUUACAGGACAGGUAAGCUGCACUGCCCGGCCGAUGUGUGCGGGCCGCUCUACGAGGAAGAGUUGGCCUUCUGGGGCAUCGACGAGACGGACGUGGAGCCCUGCUGCUGGAUGACCUAUCGGCAGCACCGGGAGGCCGAGGAGGCCCUUGAUAGUUUCGGCGGUGGGGGACUGUUGGACCUGGGCAACGACGAUGCCGAGCCCGAGCAGGAGCACGGGGAGGACGACGCGGAUGAAAUGACGCGGAGGCUGGCGCACGGAGACUCUCCUGACGCCCGGAGCGGCACUUUGUGGAGCCGCUGGCAGAAGCGCGUUUGGGCUCUGUUUGAGGACCCGUACUCCUCCAAAUAUGCAAGGUGGGUGGCUCUGGCCUCGCUGUUCUUUAUCCUGGUUUCCAUCACCACGUUCUGUCUGGAGACCCACGAGGCCUUCAACCCCAUCAUCAACCGCACCGAGGUGGAGCUGGUGGACAACAUCACGGUGGAGCACACCUACCAGGAGCCUGAGACAGCCGCCUACCUCACCUACAUUGAAGGUGUUUGCGUCGUGUGGUUCACUUUUGAAUUCCUAAUGCGAAUAACUUUCUGUCCAAACAAAUUUGACUUCAUCCGGAACGCCCUGAACAUCAUUGACUUUGUGGCCAUCCUGCCCUUCUACCUGGAGGUGGGCCUCAGUGGGCUCUCUUCAAAGGCAGCUAAGGACGUGCUGGGUUUCCUCCGAGUGGUCCGCUUCGUCAGGAUCCUGCGUAUCUUCAAGCUCACUCGACACUUUGUGGGUCUGAGGGUGCUGGGCCACACGCUGAGAGCCAGCACCAACGAAUUCCUUCUCCUCAUCAUUUUCCUCGCCCUGGGUGUCCUCAUCUUUGCCACAAUGAUCUACUACGCAGAACGAAUUGGCGCAAACCCCAAUGACCCUCGAGCCAGCGAGCACACGCAAUUCAAGAACAUCCCGAUCGGAUUCUGGUGGGCCGUGGUGACCAUGACGACCCUCGGCUACGGUGACAUGUACCCACAGACCACCUCUGGUAUGCUGGUGGGAGCCUUGUGCGCCCUGGCAGGUGUGCUAACCAUCGCGAUGCCAGUCCCUGUGAUUGUCAACAACUUUGGAAUGUAUUACUCCCUGGCCAUGGCGAAACAGAAACUACCAAAGAAAAAAAAUAGGCAUAUCCCACGGGCACCCCAACCUGGUUCUCCAAAUUUCUGUAAAUCAAGCAUCAGCUCACAACAUCAGAGCCCUGUCGCCCAUGACGACGUUUUCGAGAUAAAGUUUCAAGAUUCCAAGCUUAACGGUGAGGCUGCUAACGCUGCUCUGGCCAACGAGGACUGCCCUCACAUCGAUCAGGCCGUAUCUCCCGAGGAAAUCUUCAGCCCCAGCGAAAGAGAGCGGCCCUGCUUCCUGGUCACCACGGCCGAGCGGCCCGACCGCACGGGGGGCCGAGUGAGGAGGGAGACCCAGAGACAGCACCGGAGCAGACAACCAACUGAGUCAGUUUGUGUUAUGAACCAUGGUGUACCGACCACUAUGUGUAUGACCCAUAAUGGCCCAUCACCCACCUGAUAGUCCUGCUGUAGCAUUGUUGUGUGUAUUACUUAUUACUUUUAAAUGGGUGUGACAGUGGCAACCAGAACAUCACAAACUCAGCAUAGAUGUAGCACUGAGGACGUUUUGUUGUCAAGCCUUAUGUAGCUAAGUAUCUGUGACUGGUUAAUGUGUUGUAAUCUGUGUGCCUAUUUUUCAUGUGUGCCAGUGCUGUAAAUAUGCUUUUGUGUGUGUGUGUGUGUGUGUGUGUGUGUGCGUUGAAGUUGUGUGUCCCAAUGUUUUGGAGUGAUCAUCCAAUAUUUGUGUGGUUCUUGUGUUCAAAGACAAAAAAUGGUUGCUCUGAAUUUAACUCACUCUCCCCUGUCAUGUGAAACACCUGGAAACACUGUUAACUUUGCCCACUCAUGCGCACCUUUUUUUAGAAUUGCACUUUUUUUUUGCACCACUCAACUUUUAACAUUCAUUUGAUGGGUUUUUAGCAAACAUCCACAAAAAUGUCAUAAUUGAACUCCAUUUUUAUUAUGUAUUUUUGAGGCAUUAAAUGUGUUGCCAAAACGUCAUAGAAAAUAGUUCAGGACUCCUUGAAAAGAGUUAUGCAUAGGAAGAUUCAUACCAUACCAUACCAUGAAUAUUGAUAUGUAUUUCAAUGACUAUUUCAUAUAUUUCCACUGUUUAGUUGACAAUCAAGUAAAAAUGGCAUAGUAUACCCUCUGUUCAAAUUAGUAAUACGUGUCAUUACAGAUGCCAAAACACUGUAUACAGAAUACUGGACAAGUGCCUCAGUCAUGCAAAUUCUUCACACUCAGUUAUUUAAGUUGCGUUGAUUAAAUAAUGUAUGUAGCAGUAAUUUCAUUUUGAAUCAAUCAGUCAGUCAACAGUCAAUCAAUCAAUGGAUUGACCGACAUCAUCACAGUGCUCAGAAGGCACACAGACUGUUGAUACGUAUAUAAAGUUAACACCUCCUGUAAAAUACUGAGUUGAAAAAAAAAAAUGAAAUUAUUUACAAUAAAAAAAAGUUUAAAAAAAAAAAAUAUAUAUCACAUCUUUGACAAAGAAAAUGCCAAAUAAAUCCUAAAAAUGGUGCAGCUUAAGUGUGCACCCAUUUCAACUUAUAAAGUACGUGGUAGUAUAAUUGUGCACCAACUUAAAAUAAUACAAAGGGAACUUUGUAUUAUUAUUAUAAUACAAAAUAUUAAGCAUUUUCCAGGGGAGUGUUGACUUAUAUGUGUAGGACCCCAGCGUGGGUUAGCAUGGAAAAGCAAUGAGCAUCAUAAUGAAUAGAUAACAAUCGUGAUUGCCAUGUUUGAACGGCAGCUUUCAUUGUUUGUGUGAAAAAGUUGAACGUGAAAGGGACCAACUUUUUCACCAUCAACCGCAAUUACACUGCCAACCAACCACUGGGAAUUGUGUGCUAGUAAUUGUUUGACACAAAAUAAAACAUCAGCAACAUUACACACUCAUUAAAACAUUCGUAUAACACACAAGGCAACGAAUGUGUGACAUUGAGUGAGGUUUAAAGAGUGUGUGUGUAAUUUGAACACUUUUCAUUUUGUGGCCAGUUCUCUUAAGUCGGUCGGGUGUACGGUGGUGGUUUUGAUUGAUUUGUUGGUUCAGGGUUUUUGGUGUCUUUUCUGGACAAUACAGUUCAGACUUGUACAAGGAAUAGUGUUAAAUAAAAUGAAAAAAUAACAAACCAGAGAUUUUCAGGGGGUGUUUGUUUAUUUGUUUUCAAAAUCUUGCUAAAAACAUUUUAGUGCAUAUGGUUAAAAGUGUCCAUAUUAGAUCUGCAUAAAUAUAUCGAAAAACAGCAAUAAAUAAAAUCACGUAAAAAUAAGAAUCCAAAAUUACCCAUGGGGUUACCCAUUGCCCUUGACCUGCAUGUGCUCACGAGGUACAGUGCCGUGAAAAAGUAUUGCCCCCCUUCUGAAA